AUCAAUACGUACACAACCUGUGUUCCCUUUGUCAAUCAAUAGGGGGCAGCAGAGACCCUAAGAUGCAUCUUGUCAGCAUGAUUUGUCAACAGGAAGAAGAAUAGCAGGAAACGUCAGCAAGCAGUACCUGUUAGAAAUGGCUACAGGUGUGGAUCAAGCAGCUGGCAUGAGCCUCGUCGUCUUCAGCCUCCUGUUGUUUACAUACUACUCUGUCUGGGUCAUCAUCUUGCCGUUCGUGGACAGCGAUCAUGUACUGCACAAGUAUUUUCUUCCUCGAGAGUACUCAGUCAUUCUACCUGGCAUUGCGGCAGUGAUAUUGCUCCUCUGUAUAGGGGCAUUCACUGCAGUUGUCAUGUGGAAGAAUCGCAAGCCAAAGAAAGUGGACUGAUCUUGGGAUGUUAGAUGGAAUGCAGUGACUCGAUGCUAAACCCCCUCUGGUUGCCCUGCCAACAGAAACCAUACCUCCAUUCUGUAAUCCCCAGAACAGCUGACGUUCACACUCACAGAGUUAUAUGUUUUUUUAAGAGAUGUAUUUUCUAGUUUGGUUAAAAUUAGUUACUAUUUUUUAAAGUCACUGCGUGUCAAAAUUGAAAACUUUAAAUUUUUGGCCCCUUUAGUGGUAGAAUAAAAAAUACACUGAGAAUGAAUGUUCUAAGGACAAAUUACAAUGUUUGCAAAAAUUUGCACCAGGAUUGUAAUAUUUUUCUAUAAACUUAAUUAUUACAACAGCUGAGAGUAUCUUAAAAGGUCACAUUAAACAUGGCUCCAGAUUUGUCUGAAGGUUUUGAAAUUGCUCAGUGAGUCACUGUUACAGAAGGUGUUCUUAAGUAUCUGACAUAUAUCAAGAUGGAUAUUGUGUCUUUACUUCCCAUGUACAAAAGUGAAGCCAAAAUAUCUCGGAUUUGAGUGGUGCCAUCUUGUUGUCGUGAUGUCAUUUGGAGCCAGAGUCUGUGCAGUAGUGAUUGUGUGGUGGAACUGCUGUAUCGGGUUCCUGCCCGUACAUACACCCCCCUGACCCAUUCACAAGCAGCACUCAUCUAUCUACCCAUCAGUAUCUCAGUGGACCCUUUCACCUACUCUGUUGUACCAUAUUGUACUUGUACUUCGUGAGAAUAUAAAAACACAUUAACACCUGUUUCUCUUUUAAAAGGGAUAAUACUUCCAUUACGGCAGGAUAUAAAUUUGCGUAGCUUGCUGGUUGUUUUCAAGUACAUCUGACUCACAUACACAGACUCUGCUGUCAGGCCCAUGUUGAUUUUCUUUGAUUGUUGUUUUCAUCGUCAAGCGUCAUUAUCAUCAUCAUUAUUGGGCUUUGGACAGAUGAUUCCGUCCACAGUCUUUUUCUGCUUUGAAGACGUCAGGAGGACUUUAAUGAAAGCAGCAGGGGUCUUCUGCUGUAUUUCUGUAAAUACUGUAACAAUAUGUCAAUUUCUGUAGUGUGUUAAAGUAUGAAUGGGGUUAAUUGUGAAUUGUUUUGAUUGCAAACCAGAAUUUUGUCUGGCACAAUCUUACAGCGAGGCUGAAAAUGGGACCAGAGGUCUGUGUUUUUUUUUCUGUUCAAUAAAAUGUUGUUGCUAAGAAGC